AUCAACCUCUUCUUAACACAUUUCCCCUAUUGAAUAAGCAAAAAUAUGAUGCAAUUAUUACUAAAAUUGAGUUAGAAUAACAUGUGUCUAGGAUAAAAUUUCAACGAACUGCGAAAGUUGCAAAAUCGGCCAUAGUUACGACCAUGCAACAUUAUUCCUAUAAUUGCUAAUAAGCCGUGUAAGGUAUCGUUUUGAAGCAAAUCCAAGCGACCAUCUUGCUGACCUAUUUUUCUAAAAAUAGAUGUGCCUAAGAAAGAGCACAAAUAAUUUGAAAUACGUCACUAGCCCCCUAGUUUGUCUAACUUUAUAAAAUCUGUACUAUCAUUGGUCAGUUAUAAAUAAAUACACUAUUUUUAGAAAAUGAGGCCAUCGGUUGGUUAACCACGGACCGUGAUGCAUCGCGUUGGUUUACUUACGCCGCCAUCUUAUCUUAUCGAUUGAUAUCUGCGCACGCUGUUCAAACUACUCAUUUUUCAAGCUUUGCUCAAUUUUUUGUUUGUUUCAAACAAUUGCAAGUAAAAUGGCACCCAGCAAACAAGUUGCUACUCAAAGAGCCAAACACACCACCCGUUCUAAGAAAACUGGCUUAGCCAAAGCAAGGGCUGCCAAGCUUGCAAAGAAAGUACAGAUGCAGCAUGAUGCACUUGCAGUUCCAGUUGAAUCUCCAGGAACGAGCAGCCAAGACACUGUUAUUCCUGUAAAAGAAUCUGCAUCAAAGCGUAAGCUUAACUUUGCUGCUUCUUCAUCACAAGAGAAACCUGACGUUGAAGUGCCUACAAACGACACACUGUCAACUUAUGCCUUGGUUGACCUUAGCAAUCUGGGUAACCUAUUUAGUGAGCUAAGCUGCAAUGUCUGCUUUGAAAAGCUUGUACUGUCAUGUGAGAAGAGAGCUGGCUCUGUGUUGAUGCUACGGGUUGCAUGCUCUAAAUGUAAAAUGCUUCAUGCCAGCACUGCAACAUCCAAGACACUAUCAGAGAGCAAGCAUUAUGAGAUCAACAGGCGGCUGGUAGCUUCAUUUUUGAAUGUAGGAGUUGGAUAUGCUGGAAUGAAUGCUUUCUGCGAGGCCAUGGGAAUGGACUCCAUGGAAUGUAAGACCUACACUGCCCAUCUAAACGACAUUCAUGCUAAAAACCUAGUGUUUGCAGAGAAGGUCAAGGCAGAUGCCAUUCACACUGUGAAAAAGAAGUAUGGCUCAGGGGGUGCAGACACACUCGACCUGACUGUAAGCUUUGACGGUACAUGGCAUAAGAGAGGCCAUACAUCCAAGCAUGGACUAGGAGUUGUAAUAGAAACCACUACUGGAUUAGCAGUUGAUUUUCAUGUGAUGUCCACACACUGCCCGCUGUGUUCUACAACAGGCCGCACUAAGAAGAGUGAAAGCCUUGCUGCCUACCAAGAGUGGUAUGAAGAUCAUAAGGCAGACUGCAACAUCAACCACACAGGAUCCUCUGGUCUGAUGGAAGCUGAAGCGGCCAAGACUAUGUGGAAACGCUCCCAGGACAAUGGCCUACGGUACACUAAAUUUGUAAGUGACGGAGACUGCAAGACGUACAACGAGCUUCUGUCUCUGUCACCCUAUGAUGUGCCUAUAACAAAAGAGGAGUGCACCAAUCACGUGUCCAAGAGGUUAGGAACGGCACUAAGAAACCUAGUGGCUGCAGAAGCAAAGAAUGGCAGGACGAUAGGUGGACGGAAAGCUGGAAGCCUAACACAAGCAAAGAUGAACCUUCUCCAGAGGUAUUACAAGAAGGCAGUAGCGAGUAAAUGUUCAAAUGUAGAAGAACUGAGGAAAAAAAUCUUCAUGAGCUUCUACCAUGCAGCUUCCUCUGACGAAGUGCCCAACCAUCAUGACUGUCCCACAGGAGUUCAGUCUUGGUGCUUUUGGCAGAGAGCCAUGGCUCUAGGGCAAACACCCCCUUCACACGCAGGUAAAAGCAGCUGCUUUCUGUCAGAGGUUGUGGCUGAGAAGGUAAAGCCCAUAUAUGAGAGGCUCACCUCUGACAGUUUGCUUGAACGCUGCUUAUCUGGCAUGACGCAGAAUGCUAAUGAAAGCAUCCACGCAAAGAUUUGGGCGAGGAUACCAAAACACAUCUUUGUGUCGAAAAAAAGAGUGGAAGUGGGCACAGCAUUGUCAAUUGCUGAAUUUAAUUCAGGGAGUGUCGGUCUCCACCAAUUCCUUGAGAACAUUGGCUGCAAAGUUGGAGGUGUAACUUUGAAGAAAGGAAAAAAACGAGACAUUCUUCGGGUUAGCAAAGCUGAAAAGAAGGAGGGAAUAGAGGCAAAGAGAAGAAGAAAGCAGAUAGUAAAUGCAAGGCUGAUUGUAGAGCAGCAGUUUUUUAAUUCUGAGGGGGGUAAAAGCUAUAGUGCAGGAAAUUUUUAGAUUUUUUUUUUUUUUUUUUUUUUUUUUUUUUUUUUUUUUUUUUUUUUUUUUUUGGGGUGUGUGGAGUGUCAUUGCUGUAUUAUUUUUUUUUAAACAUUUAUUUUCUAGGCUGCUUUGUUUUUUAAUUAUAUUUUUUUAAAAUUGGAUUUUUUAUCAAUUUCUUGCAUUGAUUUGGCUAUAGACAUAUGUAUAUAAUAAAAUAUUUUGUCAUUAAACUUUAAUUUUGCCGUUUCUCCAUUUUGUCAAUUUUAACGCAGUAGUGUCUUAGGAAUGGAUAUAACUUAAGAUGUGUCUGUCAGAAUCACUUCAAAUUUCCACAGUGUAUUUCUAUUAUGUUUUUCUAUUAUGUCUUAGAACAAUUUUGCUGAUUUUAAUAUAACAAAAAAGUUAUAAUUUUUUAAAAGAAUAUUUCAUCACGAAAAGCGUGAAUAAAUAAUACAUGAAUUUUAAAAAAUUCAAUAAAAAUUUAUUUUUAAAGAUAUCACAA